UAGAUAUCAAUACCCAUUGAGAAAUGACCCUCUUCAAUUGGCAACUGAAAUCAAUUUUAAAAAUGAUUUGAAGACAUUUUUUAAGAUAAUGUAUUUGUUACUGUUAAUUUAUAUUUGAAAUCUCAAUUAUUCCACCAUGAUUAUCCUUUCUCCCAUAAGGCAUCAUGACCGCCUGUUGUUAGUGUAGCCGUUAGAGCAUUAGAUUUUCAAGUAGAGGUAGAGGUGCAUUUGAGCUUUCAGUAGUGUAUUUGUAUUUGACCAAGGUUCUUGGAUGCCUACAUGGUGUUAAGCGGCUCUCUCUUGAAGGUUUUCUUCUACAGUUUUUAGCUGCAGGUAAUGUACCAGAAAGGCUUCUGAAAAUGUAUAAUCAUCUAAAGAAUCUGACAUUGAAGAUAAAUUUUGAAAAUCUGGAUCAAUUAUCUGUGGCUCUUUGCUUAUGUAGAAGCUCUCCAAACUUGCAUGAAAUCUACGCCAAGGUCCACUCAAUCAAUGCUGCUAGGAUGCCCCAUGAGAGCUUUUGGGAAGUGCAAGAAGGUUUUGAUGGCUUAUUUGCAAACCUCCGGAUUGUGACCGUAAAUGGAAUUAUCGGCAGCAAAAAUGAACUGGGUUUCAUAGAGUUUGUUCUCACGAAUGCGCCUGUGUUCAAUGAGAUGAAUUUUAAGAUGAGCGCAAACUUAGCUAAUUCAAUUUUUAGGAUUUUCAGAGAUUUAAUGGGAUUUCAAAGAGCUUCACCACGAGCCAGGAUCAUCUGCUUGGGGAAGUAGGUUUGAAAAAGGAUUUUAGAUGAUCUAGGGUUAGGCUAGGAGGGUCUCUUAUUGCCUUCUUUUUCUUUUUAUCUGAGUUAUUUUAC